AACUGGAUUAUCAUAACAAACGACAGCAACAGCAACAGCAACAACAGCAGCAGCACAUUGAACGCGACAAAAACACAUCACCAAUAUCAGCAGAAUGGGAUGCCGAGUGGCCAGGAAACGGAAAAAAUGAAACGGUCUCCAGUUUCAAUCAAUUUCCAGCCCCAAGUCGAAGUUAUCAAGUUAUUGUUAGCGAAGUUAGUGAAAAAGCAUCAAACGCAAAUGGAACCAAUAUUGAAGUUGGACCAAAAAUAAUCGUUAGAACAGAAGAAGUGCUUAUUGUUUUAGCUGUGCUCCUGCUGUGGGUUGGCGCAAUUGCCUUAUUUUUCAAUCGCUGGGGUAAAAUAAGAAUGCUUGAGCCAUACCAGCCGAAGUUUCAACAACAGCACCGUUCGUCGUGUCCGCUUGUCGAAAUGGAAGCGGUACCAGUUCACAAACAUCCAUCAUUUUCUCGUAUUUCAAUGGGUUGUUCCCUUCAAAUGCCACCUGGGCGAAUGGACAGUGGUCGCAUGGGUUCCAUUUCUGGCCCAGCUGGUUCAAGCUUAUACACGGUUCGAGCUUCGCCAUUGUACAACCGCAAUAGACAAAAUUCAGUAUUUGUGGGUCCACAAUUUGUUGCACAAAAACCGUCUCGUAAAUAUCAAUCGGCCAUGGAUAUUCAUACGAUGGUCUUAGACGAAGCCCCCGAGCCGGUGUAAAAUUUGGAAAAUAUCGUUUAUGAUAGGUAAUAUUUUCGUUUUUUUUAAAGAAAACUUUUGAUGUAUUAUCUUAAAGCGAUUGAGAUAUUCAAUUUAUCAUUUACUGUAACUAAACUAAAAUAACACAUGAUAUUCCUCGAAAAAGAGAGAUAUAUGUAUAGAAAGUAGCAAUUUUUCUUUCACAUUUCUUAACAGAACAAAAAAAAGUCACGUCUAAAUCACAAAAAUGUUUAAAAUAGAAGUAGAAAGUAAUAUAUGAUCAAGAACAAGAAGAAUAAUAGAUUUUCCAUGUCAUAACUGUUUUCAGCCCAGGAUCACGUCAACGUUAUAAUGAUCUAUUAAGCUAAAAUACUUUUUAAGAGUGAUGAAAUCUAUUCUUAUGAAAAUGUAGAAAGAAUAAUAGAGAAAAUAGAGAGCUGUUGACUUAAAACGCACGACGAUUGACGAGAGCACAAAAGAACCAAAAUGAGAUGGAAACACAUGCAAUCGCACGUAUAUGCGGCUCGUAAGAAAAAAGAGAUUCGAAUGACUUAUUCAUUCAAUAUAAUGUACAAUGAACCAACCAAAAGGUGAAAAGCUUUAGGUCAUUAAGUGACCAAUAUAUCCAUGAUUCUAUAGAGUAAAAUAGAUAUAUAUGUAUAGGUGGGUGCGUGUAGAAAAUUAGACAGAAAAUUAACAAGUCGCACAUGAUAGUGAGGAACAUAUAUACAUACAUAUAACAAUAUUCAUAAAAACCUUUCCAUAUUUCUAUACAGUUGUUUGAAGAUUAUUUCUGUCUUUAUUAUAGUUCUAAGAGCCAUAUAUGUAUACACACCACACAUACUUGACGGACUCAAACAUUUUAGAGUACGUAGGUUGCUCCAUAAUUUUUUUUAAAAUGGUACUUAU